AUGCCACAUCAGGUCAACGAGGCUGCAGAACAACUCCGAAAAAUCGCCCCUGACAUCUCCCAAGAAAAAGUCGCCACGUUCAUUUUCUACUUCCUCAUGAGUGUCUUGGGCGUCGUUGGCGUCUUUGGAGGAGGAGCGGCUUUGGUCGGCGUGCUUGCCUCGGUGCCCUAUGUCCAGAUGGCAAAAUUCAUCGCGAUAACGGUUCUCAGGAACCCGGCCUUGCAGGGAGCGAUCCUCCGAAUCAUCCACGCCUCUGUCUCCCUUUUUGUGGGCGGGAGUGUUACGGGGCUUGUGGCGGGAGUUAUGGAGGUUAAGAGUUUGAACAACGAGAAGGAGGCCGAAAAGAAGUGUUCGGAUGAGGUGCUGAAGGCGAAGGAGGAUGAGAUCAAGAAAUUUAACGACGUCAAGGAGGCCGAGAAGAAGCGUUUGGAUGACGCGCUGAAGGCGAAGGAGGUUGAGAUCAAGAAGAUGAACGACGAUAAGGAGGAUGAGAUCAAGAAGAUGAAGGAGGAUAGGGAGGCUACGGAUAAACUGAUCAUGGCCUUGGUGAGUCGGGUUGACAAUUUGCAAGAACUGGUUUCUGCCAUGAACGCGCGUGAAUCGCUCCAACGCAACGCACAGCCUUCAGUCGACCCGGCUCAAGUCACCCCAGAUCCUGAAGACCUAGAUCUCAUUUUCUAA